AUGGCUCCCCCGCGCGCCGUCCGCGCGUCGUUCGUGUGUCUCUCGCUCAACCUCACCCUCUGCUCGCUCUUCAACGGCCGCUAUUUCUCCGCCCCGCCCCCCGCGGCGCUUCCCCAAGCCACCCUCGCCCCGGCGGCCCCGCGCGCCCCUUCCGGCGCGCCUGGCGCGCGGACAGGGGGAAGCGCGGAAGAAGCGGCGGGGUUUGUAGUUCCGAGUUCAGAGCGGGAAUGUUCUGAGGAGCAAAGGGGAUUCGCUAUAAGGGGGCUCGUUGCCUCGCUACAAGAACUGACAUGGAGCCCAUGCGUAUCCGCGUGGGAGCAGCAUCUGAUUGCAACGGUGCCGCCACAGUCGCUUCUAUCAGUGCAACCACAGCAGCCAUUGCAGGCACCACAGGCAUGGCAAGCAGCGCCGCUGUCAGCCAGUCCUGCUCGUGGGUGUUCUGACAACUUCCCCCCCGCGCCUGCACCUGCUUCCACUGCUGCCUCGUGCCUUGCGCCGUUCGCACGAAAGGGUGACCACUCUGCAUUUCCUGGCAGGCAACCUGCAACAGGCUCUCGCGGACCUCUCCCAGGCGACAGCGCGCUUCCCAGAAAGCACGGAUGCAUGGCAGAGGAGGGCUGUGGUGCUGCUCAAACUGGGACGCCUGGAGGAGGCCAUCGCGGACAUGAGCCGGGCAGUGCAGCUGCACCCACACGACCCCGAGCUUCUGAGACAGAGAGGUGUGCAGUGCUGUGGUCUGUGACUGUUGCACUCACCUGCACUGCGCUCGUCUCCCCCGCAUCAUCUCCCCCCUGUCUCGUCUCUCCCCACCUCUCAGGAAAGCUGCUCUUCCAGUCCUCUUCCACCCCAUGCCUCGUCUCUCCCUCCCAUCCCCCCCAUCCAGGAAAGCUGUUCUUCCAGGCCAAGGACUACAGGGCUGCAGUGGCGGAUCUGUCUCCACUGCAGGACGCACCCACGGCCACUGUUGAUGUGCUGCGCACCCUGGGCUGGGCGUCAGCAGCACUGGGCGCGUUCAAGGCAGCAACAGAGGUGUACGGGCGGGCAGUGAAGCUGUUUCCAAGAAGUCCCUUCGUUGUUCCUUAUCCUCCAACCAUGCUCCCCGUGCUCGUUUCCCCAAGGGCUGGGCGUCUGCAGCAAUGGGCGCGUUCAGGGCAGCAACAGAUGUCAGCACUGGGCGCGUUCAGGGCAGCAACGGAGGUGUACGGGCGGGCAGUGAAGCUGUUUCCCCAGGAGGGCGCGCUGUGGCGCGAGAAGGGGUGCUCCCACAAGGAGCUGGGGGAGGUGGGGCUCGCACGGGAGUGCCUGGAGACGGCUGUUGCUGUGGAGAGGUGA